UCCCUGAGAGCGCAUGCGUGCAGCGCUGCCUAUAAAAAAGACUACAAACGCCAGAGAUCCUUGCGGCAUCACACGCACACGUCCGUAAGUUGAAAGUGGCAAAGGCAUCUAUCCGGAGGAAGUAAACUCCACUGGGGCGUGGACUUUCGCGAUCCUUGCAUCUCAGUGUCUUGCCCCUCAGACCCACGGAACGACCUAGCCCUAGCGCCACUAUGAACUUGGAGCGGGUGUCCAACGAAGAGAAGUUGAACCUGUGCCGCAAGUACUACCUGGGUGGGUUUGCUUUCCUGCCUUUUCUCUGGUUGGUCAACAUCUUCUGGUUCUUCCGAGAGGCCUUCCUCGUCCCGGCAUACACAGAGCAGAGCCAAAUCAAAGGCUAUGUCUGGCGCUCUGCUGUGGGCUUCCUUUUUUGGGUGAUUAUACUCACCACCUGGAUCACCAUCUUCCAGAUCUACCGGCCCCGUUGGGGCGCCCUUGGGGACUACCUCUCCUUCACCAUACCUCUGGGUACUCCCUGACAAAUUCUUCAGCACAGGCCUGGGACCUGAUCAUUCUCCCAGGAUGGGCUUCUGUACUCCCAGCCCACUUUCAAGCCCCUAAUACUUAUUCCUAUCUCCUGUGUUCUCUGUUGACAUACUCCAAUAAAUGUCCCUGAUUCUCUA